AUGUCUGAAAGCGUCAAAAAGAAUGUCAAAUCAUUUACACCUUAUGUUGCCAAACCCUCAGAAAUUGUUUCAGUUGAAGCAUCAAUUGAUCCUCUAAGAUAGUUUAGACCACUCAUAAAAGUCCAAACUUCAAAUGACCCUUAGGUCUAAUAGAUGUCAACUGAUCAACCCUUUUAAACAAACUUUUUUUACAAUCCAUCUUUUACUCCUUUUGAUACUUCUUUAAGAGUUUCAUAGGAUGGAACUAAUGAAUACUUAUUAAAUCACUCUAAAAUAGUAGGACCUCUUGUAAAUAGCUCUCUUGAUAGUAAAUCGAUGCAAAGACAACUUGAUGUCUUACAAUCCUAGAGUCGUUUUUUUGCUUCGAUGAUGCCUUUCUUUUAUAAUUCACCUAUGCAAUCCUGUUAUCCUUACUUACCCUAAUAAUGCUAAAAUGAAUUGCCACGCCAAUCAAAUAAUAGUCUUGAUAAAUAGGCUAAAAUCAAUCCAAUCAACAAGACCUAACUAUCUAUUGUAAAACCUCCAUCUUUAAAUUAACAAUAACAAGAUUAGUCUUAAAAUUAUUUCAAUAAAGAAUAAGACAAAUGGUUAAGACAUGUAAGAUCUUGUGAAAGUCUAGUUUUAAAAGAAGAGGAUUAGAGCUAGAAUGAAUAAAAAGAAUUAAAAAAUGAAUAAAAAUUAGCUAAACGUAUUAGAAAAAGAGUACCAGUAUAAGAGAGUUCAGAUUCUUAUAGAGUUCAUCGUAGAAAGAAAGGACCUAAAGUUAAUGAUACUAAGAAUAUCACAAAAAAUUUUUCAAAAGCCAUAAUAUCUUAUAUUCUAAAUGAUGAAAAAUUAAUUUAAAAAUUUAUCAAUAGCGAACAAUAGGAUAGCUUUAUUAGUUUAUUAAAGAGUAAAAAGAAUCAAAUGACAAAUAUUAAAUAACUUAGAGAACUUUGGAUAGAUAAUGGUAAAAAUCCUGAGUUUAACAAAGUAUUUCGAAUCAUUAGGUAUUUUUAUUAAUAUAUUUCUAUUAAGCCAAUACUUUCUAAAAAAUUAGGCAGUUCCAUACGUAUACAAUUCAAGAAUUUCAAAUACAGCUUGGCAUCUCAAAUAUAGAUAAAACUUAUUGAGAGCACUAAGAGAACCUGAAAACUUUAAAUUUAUAAAAGAUAUAUGA